AUGAGUGGUGACAGUGGGAACCAGACCACCUGGCUGCUCCUAGUGGGCUUUGGGGAGCUGAAAUACCUGGGCUUCCUCUUGUUCAGCCUCUUUCUGGCCAUCUAUGUGGUAACAGUCGGCGGCAACCUCCUCAUCGUGCUUGCUGUGGCCUCCAGUCGGACCCUCCACACGCCCAUGUACUUCUUCCUCUGCCAUUUCUCCCUGCUAGAGAUUGGCUAUACAUCCAACAUCAUGCCUCGGCUGUUACAGAGCUUCCUGGAAGGUGGGGACAUCAUCUCAUUGGUCAGCUGCCUGGUCCAGUUCUACGUGUUUGCCUCGCUGGCGGCAGCUGAGUGUCUCAUGCUGUCGGCCAUGUCCUACGACCGCUACCUGGCCAUCUGCCGUCCCCUUCACUACCCUGUCCUCAUGAGCACCUGGUCCUGCAGCUGCCUGGCCAUCGGCGCUUGGCUCGGCGGCUUCUUCUUCUCUGCCUUCACCCUGGCCUUGGCAGCCCCUCUGUCCCUCUGUCCCGGCAACAGGGUCAUCGACCACUACUUCUGUGACUUUGCUCCGGUUGUAGCGCUCUUCUGUGGGGAGGCGCGGGUCAUGUGGGGAGCUGGAGUCGGCAUCUCGGGCUGCCUUACCCUGGCCCCAUUCUUGUUGAUUGUCACAUCCUAUGUCUUUAUCCUGAGGGCUGUGCUGAGAAUACCUCCAGGCCACGGGAGACAGAAAGCCUUCUCCACCUGCUCCUCACACCUCAGCGUGGUUGGGGUGUUUUACGGUACUCUCAUUGUGGUCUACGUGGCCCCAACAGACCACAUGCCCCCCUUGCUCCGGAAGGCCUUCUCUGUCCUCUACACUGUGCUCACCCCCAUGGUGAACCCCAUCAUAUAUAGCCUCAAGAACCAAGAUGUGAAAUGGGCUCUGCGUAGGCUCUGGAGGCAGCUCACCUGA